CGCGUACCACCAAAAAAAUUCUCCUGCUGCCCAGAGCUCCGCUGUCGCUGCAUUGCUGGUCCCUCCCCAGGAGGCCUGUCACCUGUCAUUCUGCCGCUCAACCCCUUGUACUAACAGAAAGAGGACGAGAACUGGACCGGACCGGCAAUCGGCAAAUGCUCCAAGAGUCUAACGGGCUUCCCAAAGAAAGAAAAAGAGGCCCCGAAAGCAAGCAGGGGCCCGGCCGCAGAAGAAACCAGCAAGGGGCCCGACCAUCACCUUGCCAAUCCCGGAUUCCCGGACAGCUACUCCGCCCAUAUUCCACUCCGUGCUGAUCCACACACUUGACGGUAGUACGGUACGGAUAGGCCUAUGCCUCUCGCCCGCUGCCGCUCGAUCACGGGCAGCACCGGCUCUCUGACCGAGCCGAGUCUGGCCUGAGGUGGACACCCGGUGACGCGGCACCGACACCGACCUCCCCCCUCCCCUCUCCCUUUUUCCCUGCCAUACCGGCCCGCCUCCGCUUCCGCGUCCGCCCCCCACGCUGGCCUUACAAAUCCCCAUGGCCUCCGAUGCCGUCAACCACCCAAGUCCCGCCGGCUCCGUGGCUUCAUCGGUGACCCCCGGCCUGAAUUACAGUAAUAAUAAGCGUAGUGCUCCGGACCACCCAAGCCCGGCUGGCCCCGGGAAUGCCGAAGUUGUUACACCGGCCGGCGCCGGCACGUCGCCCGCUUCUCAACCACCCGGCGAUUCAAACAAGAAACGCCGUGUCGGUCCUGGCUCCAGAGGCGUCGCCAACCUGACGCCGGAGCAACUUGCCAAGAAGCGCGCCAACGACAGGGAAGCCCAGCGAGCCAUCCGCGAGCGCACAAAGAACCAGAUCGAGACCCUGGAGCGCCGUAUCCAGGAGCUGACCUCCCAGCAGCCCUACCAGGAGCUGCAGGCCGUCCAGAGGGCAAAGGAGGCCGUCGAGGCCGAGAACGCGGACCUGAAGCGCCGUCUGGCCACCUUCAUCGCCUCUAUCCAGCCUCUCAUCUCUGCUUCUCCACCGAGCCAACCACCACCGCCGCCGGCAGACCCGCACCCUGCCGUCUUCCCAUCCCCCAGCGGCAGCUACUCUCACGUCCACCAGCACAACGGGCCCAUCUCGGCACACAAUGCCUCGACGCCCAACAGCGCGGCCUCCCCGGCCUCCAUCGACCCGACCGCCGGCUGGCAAACGACGCCCAACGGCAGCGGCGGUGGAGGCGGAGGUCCCGUCUCGGACCUCUCCCCCCCGAACCACAUGUACGCCGCGAGCAAGAUGCUCGACCAGCAGCGUCAAGGGCUCCGCCACGGCCUCGACCUCGGCCCGGAGCGCCUCGGUCUAGACUUCCUCCUCCUCGACCAGAACGCCCGCGUCGGCAAGAUCCAGAGCGGCGUCAACGGCGCCCAGGACACGCCGAGCUACAACCACGUGCCCAUGAAGCACGACUGGACCGGCGUCGGCCCCGUCACACACAGCCGGAGCCCGUCCCUCAGCGGACCGACCGUCCACACCCCGCGGUCACAGGUCGACUAUCCCCAGCAGCAGUCGCAAGGGCAACAACAACAGCAACAACACCAACCGUCAUCCUCCGCUCCUCCAGAAUCCCGAGCCCUGGGCCACCACGCAGCCGAAGUAAAAAACUGCGGCCCAACCUGCCCCCUCGACAGCCUCCUCCUCGACUUCCUCCACGAGCGCCGCCAACGCGCCGCAGACGGCCUCUCCACCCACGAGAUCAUCGGCCCGCGCUACCCCAGCGUCCUCUCCCUCCUCAACCCGGCCAACAGCAAAUACUCCCACCCGCUCUCCAAAGUCUUCACCGACAUCCUCGCCACCUUCCCCGACCUCUCCGCCCUCCCCCAGCGCGUCGCCGUCCUCUACAUCAUGUUCCUCAUCAUGCGCUGGCAGAUCUCCCCCACCCGGGAAAACUACGACCGCCUGCCCGAGUGGGCGCGCCCCCGCCCCGCGCAGCUCCUCACCGAGCACCCGGCCUGGAUCGACCACGUCCCCUUCCCCGCGAUGCGCGACAAGCUGUGCCGCGACUACAACCCGCGCGAGUACCUCUUUGACAACUUCUUCGUGCCCUUCACCACGACGCUGAGCCUCAACUGGCCGUACGAGGAGACGGAUACGCUGCUGCAGGUGCCGGAGUCGGACGAGGUGCUGAUCAACCCCGUGUUCGAGCGGCACCUGCGGAGGCUGGAGAAUUGGACGUUGGGCCAGGCGUUUAACCAGACGUUUCCUAAGCUGAGGGACACGUAUAAUUUGAAGGAGUGAGCUGGUUCGGCUUGCGGGACUCAGGUUACGUUGUGCGUCUUUUGGUGGAAAAAUAUGAGUCGACGAGAGAUUACUUCUCCGUCUUAAGGAUUAUCCUGCUCACUCUCUUUGCACUUUUCACUCGGUAUAUAGGGGUCUUUCGAGACUUUAUAAGGGAAAGGAGGGGAAAUGGUUUCUUGCCGGUGGCGUUCACGUGAGGUAUAUAUCACCGAUAUGGCGUAGCUUUGACAGUAGUCAUCAUGAGUAAAGCCAUAUUGCUUGGCUUACCUUUUGUAUCUCACCAAGGGUUUAGGGUUAGGAAGGGGGGAUACAGAUGGCGGCGUAUGGGAGGUGGAUUGGAAAAAUCAACACGGC